CCGCCACACUUCCAAUGAAAUACGACCAAAGUCAAGUCGGUCACGACCACCGCGCUGACGCUACCGGUCUGACCUGCCAAAAUAAAACACUGCGCGCUAAAGGCGUGCUGCCGAUCUUUCAUGCAAAGACCAACAGCGGGAUUGGAGUCGUGUCAGCAGGCCCAGGCGGACAGCAUGGCCCCGGAGGAGGAGGACGACGCUCUGCUGUUUCUCAUCUACCAGCACCUCAAGGUGAACGGCUACCAAAAAGCUGCCAAGGUGCUGGAAAAACACGUUGCUCAGGUGGACACACCAAAGGAGAGCUCCAACCUGCAUGACAUCUACACAGGCUGGAUGAAGCUGUGCUCUCUGGCUCAACAUGCCAAGCAGGAGACAGAAGACUCCACUUCUUUGAAGCAGAAGAGCAUCAAACCAGAACCUGCCACCAGUGAGGAAGAAGAGGGCGCAGACCUUAAGCUUUCCAACACCACAGAAGAAGAAGAAGAAGUAAAUCACGUGGACGCCAAACCUCCGCUCGAGUCCACCACAGACGCUGAGACGGUCUGUGAGCAGCUGCUGCACCCCGAAGCCGAGACCAGAACGACAAGCUCGGCCGGUGAGAGUGAAGACAAGAAGGAAGACGAGGAGGAGGAGGAGGAGGAGGAGGAGAAGAAACCAGACCAUGAGUCGGCUCCUGCUGAAGUCUCUGCAGAGGCAUCAGACGAGGCAGAAAGCUCCAGCUCCAAGUCCUCAGACUGUGAGGAGGAAGUUAAAGCCGCCAGCCGGGUCGACCCCGGACACGCGGAUCAGACUGCGGAUCAGCUCGGGGCUCCGGAUGCUCACACUGAGAUCCGUGAGGAGCAUAAGGAGGAGGACGAUGAGCUGAAGCAGGAGGCCGAAGCAGCCACGGACGCCGCUGACGUCACAGGCGAACAGACGGCUGUCAGUCAAACCGAGGCCACGCCCUCCUCCGCUCAGGAGGCAGGGGAUGACGACGGCGGCGGCGCUGCAGAGAAGCUCGUCCAGUCCAAGCCCACCGCGUCCGACCUGACAGCUCAGGAGACCAAUGAGCAGCCGGCACAGGGUGAAGCCCCGCCUCCCGCAGACCCUGAAUCUGAAGAUCCAGAAGAGGAAGAGAAGGAAAAGGAGGAAAAAGAGGAGGAGGAAAAAGAGGAGGAGGGGAAAUCCAAGGUCACAGCGGGCAGCGACCUCACACUGACGCUCGAGUCUGAGGACCAAACCAAACCGUCAGCAGCCUCCGAGGACGUCGCCAUCGCUGACGCCGAAACGAUGACGGUGGCAGCUGCAGAAGAGCGAGUGAACUCGGACGUCUCCAUCAUCCUCAACAUCGAAGCCGAUGACGGUGAAGCAGCGGAGCAACAAACCUCCCAGGAGGACGUUGAGUCCUGCAAAGAUGCCAAAACUCCCAAGAAGAAGAAGAAGAAGAGCAAAAAAGAUGCGGAGACGCCAGCUGCAGAUACACCGAGCACAGACUCGUCCAGUGAUAUUCCUCUGUCCAAGACUGGCGGGAAGAAAAAGAAAGACAAAAAGAUGGCAGAGGAAGAGGAGGAUCAGAAAAAGGAGGAGGGAGAGGAGCAACAGCAGCAGGAGGAAGAGGACAUAUCGCAGGUCACGCCAUCAGAAAAGAAGAAGAAGAAGAAGGCAAAGAAAAGGAAAAGGGAGAGAGAUGAAGCAGAGGAGAGAGAUGAGAUGACACCUGUCGCUUCAGACAAACAGAUUAAAAAGAUUAAAGUUGGAGAUGUGGGAGAGGAGCUGAGUGAGCCAGUAGAACAGGAGGAGGAGGAGGAGACGAAGGUGGAGAAUCUUCUGAGUCCGGCAGCGACAGCAGAGAAGAAGAAGAAGAAAAAGAAGAGAAAGAGGGCGAAAGAGGGCAGGCAAGAGAAAGAGGAGGCGCAAUCUGACAAAGAACCAGCAGGGGGCAACGAAGACACAGAAAAGAAGCUGGAGGAUGCAGAUGGAAACUCUUCGGCCAAAAAGAAGAAACGCUUCAGGAAGAAGCUCAGCCAGAAGAAGAGAUGGAGGCUCCAAGGCAAAGAGGAGAGGAAGAGGAGCAUCAUCGCCUCAGGACAGACGGCAGCCAGAAGCACCAAGCUGAAAGGCAGAAAGAAACACAAACAGACCCAGGAGGCAGCAGAGGAGACGCCUCAACCAAAGCCAGCCAAAAGACCUCAACCCGAUCCUGCCCAGGAUGACGGCGACACACCAAAGAAGAAGAAAAAGAUGCACACAGAACAAGAGGAGAAUUCCUCAAAGGAAAACCAGCCCCCAAAGCUGACGAGAGAUGAGAGGAAGAAGAGAAAGAAGAGGUCGGUGACGGAGGAGGGCGACAGCGGUGUGGUGAGCGAACUGCCUCCUUCAGGUGACUCGUCUCCGCUUUCAAAGGAAGGGAAGAAGAAGAAGAAAAAGAAGAAGAUGAAGGCUGGAAACCAAGAGAAGACGACAGAGAGUUCAGCUCCCGUCACAGUGAGGCCAGAUGAACCUGCAAAGAGAAAGAAGAAGAACAGGCUGAAGGAGAAACCGGAGCUGACAGAAGCUGCUGCUGCUCCUGCGACAUCCGCGAAAAAGAAACCCAAAAAGUCGAUCACCUCUGAUUAAAUCCUGGAGACUCCCGGAGCCGAAGGUCUCCGAUCAGCUGGACAAUCUGUGUGGCGUUUGUGCCUUUUCACUCCUGAUUCUGCUGUCUGACAUGAAAUGAAACUCUGCUCAGAAACGUUUUGGACAUGACAUCAGUAUUCUCAGUCGCGUUAGAGUCUUUGUGUUUGUGUCUACACGCCUGCACGGUUUGUACGUAAAAAUCAUUUUUAUUUCUUUUUCUUUUUUUUAAGAUUUUUGACCAAGAAAUGAACAAAGAAGACAUUUAGUGUAAAAUUUUCUCUGUGAUUUCUGGUGGCCAAAUUUACUGGAAGUUAAAAUUGACCAAUCAGCUGUCUGGUUGUUUUGUUCUGCUGUACAGCACAGUGAUGAGUGUGUCAUCACAGCGAGCGCCGCCCUCUGCUGGUGGCUCAGGGUAGGACAGGUGAGCUCUGCUUGUUCACGCUGUGGAUAACCUGAGUCACAGGUGAGCUUUAAGGGAACAAGCUGUGAAACAUUUCAACACUUUCUAAGGUUUCUGAACAGUUUUGUUUGUUAAUAAACAUUUCUCUUUGUGUUUGAUGAAGAAAUGUAGUUUUGUUUGGAGUCAGAAGUUACGUUUGUUUUUAGUUUUCUUUCAGUCAAAGCUGUGAAAUUCUGUUUUUAUUUGGGUGGUUUUGUUUACACACUCCUGUUGUUUACACAAUGUUGUCUUUAUGACCACACGAGACUAACUAUGCAUCAGAUGACUCCUUGUUGCUUGGUGGACGGGGCUGCUGACUGGUUUCACUUUUUUUUUUUGUUGUUCCUGUGAACCAACGUGUGUAUGAAAUAAAUAGUAAAAUAAAACUUUGCAAAAGCUUUAA